CACAGUCAAUGCUUCAACCAAAUGUCGGCCAGGUUGUCAACUGUCGCAGAGAAUGCCUAAAAAGCUGCCUUGGGCUCGGGGGAGAAUUGACAUGAGAACCCCUGGCCCCGAGUUCGCGCAUUGCAUGUUGAUUCCGACGUGGAAAAAGUCAUAAAGAAGGUUGUCUCCAAGGUGUCUCGCUCGGUCAUUCCCCCGUUCAUCGCGUCUUGCACUCCUAGAUCACCAACGACAUUGCUCAAGUCAACAACCUUGCUGUCGUGUAAAGAGAAUCACGAGAUCGACAUUAUGGUUCUUACAAGGAAACUCGGCAGUUGCCCGAACCACGGGGUCGGCAAUGCUUUGACGGAGGACAACUUGACGCUCCCCCUCAGGUUGAACAAACCGAGCAACUCGCUCCAGCUCCAACUACACCCCUUCUCAUCGGAACAAGAGACAGGGGGCCUUAUCGUCAAGAUCCAGCCGCCGAGGGAGCCCGAGGACGCAGACCUCCACCAUGUUCCUUGCGACCUUGUACUGUCCAUCGACGUCUCGGGUAGUAUGCAAACCAGCGCUCCAGCCCCUUCCAAGCCCGGGGAGGCGGUGGGGGAGGAUACUGGGUUGAGGGUGAUGGAACUCGUCAAACACGCGGCCCGAACAAUCGUGGAGACAUUGGAUUCCAGAGAUCGCCUAGGCAUCGUCACAUUUACGAAUCAUUCCAAGGUCCUGCAACCCCUCACGCACAUGACAGACGAGAACAAAGCCAAGACUCGUACGAAUAUCGAGAAGAUGCAACCCGAGAGCUCGACGAAUAUGUGGCACGGCAUCCGCGAUGGUCUCGGCUUGUUCUCGGAGGCUGAAGAUGGCCAGCCAGGCUCGACCGGCAGGGUACCCGCCCUGCUUGUGCUGACAGACGGCCUGCCGAAUCACAUGUGCCCCCCGAAGGGGUACGUUCCCAUGCUACGAAGCAUGGGGCCACUGCCAGCCACUAUUCACACCUUUGGCUUCGGCUAUUCACUCCGGUCGGGCCUGCUGAAGUCGAUUGCUGAGGUCGGUGGUGGCAACUACUCGUUCAUCCCCGACGCCGGCAUGCUUGGUACUGUCUUUAUCCAUGCUGUGGCCCACCUCCAGUCGACAUUUGCCAACAAUGCCAAGCUGCGCUUGACGUAUCCGAGCUACCUUAAGCUUGAGGAGACGACAGGGGAAGCAGUCGGCAGGCAAGAGCCGGUUGAGCUGGAAGGUGACGUCCCGGAGCCCAUGAGCUCGCUCACCAUUCUUCUGGACAACAUCCAGUAUGGCCAGUCCCGUGACAUCUACCUGCGCUAUGGGAACCCCACAGCCGCCAUCGAGAAGGAAGCCGGAAGCAACCCUCCUCCCGCCAUCACCGCCGUUCUUGAAUACCAGCAUUUUACCCCGACCAUACACCAAGCCGUUGUCCACCAAAGCGCUCUCGUCCCAUCCCCAUCCCUCGACCCAGCAGAGAUUGCCUACCACAUCUCCCGGGCCUCGCUCAUCGCCUUCCUCGCAACGCUCUCCCCACUCGACGCCCAAUUCGAGCACCAACCCCUCCGACUCCCACCCGGCGAUUCCGUCGAACGCCUCCAAUCCCUCGUCACCUCCCUCCCCGCCUCCAACCCCCAAUUCGCCACCACCUCACCAGGCGGCGGCCACGCGGGCUGCCGCUCGCUCCUAACCGACAUCUGCGGCACCACCACCACCACCACCACCACCACCACCACCACCACGGCCCCAAGCACCAACCCGUUGGAGUGGACGGGCCAGGUGGCGCUGGCCCUGCUGGACGAGACCUUCUACCAGCGGUGGGGGCGGCACUACCUGGCGUCGCUCGCGGGCGCGCACGCGCGGCAGGCGUGCAACUCGUUCAAGGACGCCGGGCCCUUGCAGUACGGCGCCGGCAGCGGCAGCAGCGCCCUCUUCGAGCGCUGCCGCGACCGCCUCGACAAGGUCUUUGAUGCCCUGCCGCCGCCCGUGCCUGUGCUGAAGGGGAGGGGCGGGGUGCGCCAUGCGCCGGUGCCGAUGGCGAGGUAUAAUAACGCCGGGAAUGGGUGUUUUGCCGGGUGCGUGCCGGUGUUGUUGGCGGGGGGGAAGGGGUUGGUGAGGAUUGGGGCGUUGAGGGCGGGUAUGCAGGUUGCGACGCCUUGCGGGCCAAGGAAGGUGGUGGCUGUGUUGAGGAUGCCGGUGAGGAGGGCUGAGAUGUGUGUUGUUGCUGCCAGCGGCGGUGCGUCGUCUAAGGGCAAGGGCCAGCUGCUGGUUACGCCGUGGCAUCCGAUUGCGCCGCGCCAGGGGAGCACGUGGGUGUUCCCCAAGGACGUGGCCGUGAGGUCGGUCAGGUACACCGGCGCUGUGUACUCUGUGCUGCUGGAGCGGCAUCAGAACCCUGAUGCCCACGCUAUUCUGGUCGGUGGGGUGUGGGGUGUAACCAUGGGCCAUGGCCUGACGCAAGCGGGCAGUCGGGACGAUGCGAGGGUGCACAUGUUCUAUGGCGCGUACGACUGGGUCAGCAUCGCGUUGGCAGGACUGCCCACGAGAGCUGGUGUGACCCUGGGAGGGAGUUUGAUCAGGGACCCCAAGACCGGUAUGGUCAAUGGGUUCAGCGCGGCCAAGGUGGGACAAGCAAAGGCAUUGACGGUGAAGCCGAGGGUGGAGAGUCCCUUCGACCGUUUUUUAGCGAGCCUACGGGGUAAUGUGCAGUUGCCGCCCAUAGAAACUCAGGGGUAGAGAAUGGUUUGUCUGAGGGACUGAUACAGAAGAGCCUUUAGUUAUUUGGAAAUGAUGUUUUCUUCAAAAUGAUCACAGGGCAGAACGAUGAUUUUUCACUGAAAGAUUGUGUUAGUCCGCCUCAA